UUUGUGUUUCGCUAUUUUUUUUUUUGCUGUUCCGUGUGCCUGGGAAUAUUACGAAAAUUAUUUGACUUUGCCGUGAAAAUAUUGUGCAUGUGAGCCAAAGUUCUUUUUUUUUGGCAUAAAUCAAGAAGGAGAGAACGAAAAGCUGCCAAGAUGCUCAAGUGGGCUGUCAACCAGCCUCGUCCUUCCUACCUGAACAAGGCUUCCGAUGCUGCUUCCACUUCCCCCACUCCCUCCUGCUCCCCAUGCCGUUCCCCCACUGCGACGCCCUUGUUGAUGCAGCGCGUCAAGGCGAAGCGUCACUGUCCGCUUGGCCUGGGCAAGGAGAACAUCGAGCUGACCUCGACCUCCACUCCAUUGCCAGCUGCCUCGACACGGACGCCACUGCUCAGAGAUCUGAGCAACAUCAUCAACAUGUCGCCACUGCAGACCACCACUACAACCACAACCACAACGACUCCUCAGGUGCAACGCUGCCGCAGUCAGCUUCAGCUGAAGCCAACAACGGUCUAUGCAUCCACGCUGCCCACCUUUGAGGCGGAGUAUUCGCCCAGCUACAGGACGAACCAGGAGAACCAGAGCAACAACAUCAUUCCAGGACCUCUGCUCGCCCUGCGUGGCAUCGGCAUCCCCGACAGCUACUUCGAGAAGCCACGCUACCUCGAGCAGAAGUCCAUUCCCCAACCCUUGCCCUCCGUCUCAACAGAGGCGGGAGAUGCUCCCUCAGUGGAACCCACCUUGAGUUCUACACAAAUGGGCGACGUGACGCUUGAGCGGAUGAUCGAUGCCAUUCUCGAGAGCACGCGUAAGCCACCAACUGGAUUAGGAGCAGCAGCAGGUCGUCCUAGAUGUCGCCAGCGACUGCGACAUCGUCACCAGCAUCAGCAUCAACAACGUCUCCUCUCCACUGGUGUCGUCCACUCGCCCACCUAUCGACCCGCAUUCGAUCCAGCCAGCGAUCUCCGCGAGUACUGGCAAUCAUCACCUCCAGCUCGAUCGAGCAUCAAUCCCGAUGGCUACGAGGAGCGAGAGGUGUGCUCCCCACAGCCACAGCCACAGUCAGGAUUGGGAGUGAAGCAGGGACGCCGCUCGCUGCAGCUGCAGCUGAGGAGACAGCGCGUGGUGCGACGCAAGCGGAAGAUCACCACGAAGAUCUCGUCGAGCGUUAGGCAAUCGGCGCAGAAGCUGCUCGCGGCUGCCUCUCGCUCCGCCCAGAAGAAGCUGCCACAUGCCACUUCCACAUCCAGCACUUGCAGUUCGCGUUCCAAGCAGCGCCACAUCAGUCCCGACAGCGGUCACAACUCGACAAGUGAUUGCGAAUUUGAGGCAGAGCAGGAGCUCGACUCAUUUGGAGUUGUCACAAAGCGUCGGCUGAGUUUCUCCUUUCAUGAGGAUGCGUUCGUGGAGAAAUGAGGAUUCCCGCGAGGGAAAUCUAAUACAUUUUGGCUGUCCAAAUAAUUUAUAAAACAUUUUUUUUUUUGGCACAUUGUUAUUUUGUUACUUGAAGAAGAAAUUCUAGAAAUUUUGUUUAAUUAAAUUAGCAAAUUUAUUGCUA